AUGUCUGUUCUGCCAGAAACCCCAGUGAUCAAGUCAGAAGGGACUAGAUUACGUUCCCCCGACUUCGGAUUGUCAGGUUCGCAGUCUCCAUUGUCACACGAAAUUGGAACUGCAGUCAGUCCCUCUGAGAGAGGCGGCACUCCAUCGUCUACCUCUUCGACCCUUUCUGAAAGUACCGCCGCCACUUCUGUGUCGUCAAUCUCUGAAGAGACGAAAAGAUCCGUGGUCAAGAAGCCAGUGGCAGUCACUGCUUCACUGCCUACCCCCAUGGCCAAUGGAUCGGGGACGAAAGUUUUGAAGAAAAGGCCGAAACUUGCUGCAACUACUGGUAUUUCAACAAGUGUUCCAGUAACCGGUGAAAGGCCCAAACCUGGUCAGCAUUCCACUUUAGAUGAUGAUGUUCUUUAUGCUAUUUUUGAAAUAUUAUUCGAAAAGGAUCCCAAAACUGAAGGAAUGACUGUCAAACAGUUGUGUGAUAUCCUGAGUGAAAAGCAUCCAGAGAUGGCAAAGUUAAGUACUAAAACUUCCAAUUUAGUAUCUGCUAAACUUAACGCGUACGUGAAGAGGGUUGAAAAGGGUGAAAGAGGUUUGAUAUACGCUCUUUCAAGAGAUUGGGCGGACGCCUCGCCCAAAAGAAUGGUCUAUGUUUAUAGAGGAAUUCUUGCCCCUGAAUACUAUGUACACGUUGAGUCAAUAUUGGAGACACAGAGAUCUUUGGAUAUUUCUGUCGGUGACGAUAGAGCGAAGAAAACGGUUGGAUCUUCUUCCGCAUUCGAGUCUUCCUCGGACUCUCCUGUUUUCCCUACAGUCACCAAACAAAGAAGGGCCACUGUAUUUGACUUGCCUACGAAUAAGUCUGCUUCCUUCGUUGAUGAACUCAAAUCUCCGGCAAUUUCUGUGCCCUACAAUGUUGCACCGGUGACAGCUGCAUUGAGUCGAGUUCCCGUGGAUAGAGCCAGCGCUGAAUCGUCCCCUGCGUCCAAAAGGAGACCUUCAGAAUCAGAAAUUGAUGAUGAUGAAGAUUUUGAAACGGAAGCCCGUCGCUUAACCAAAAGAUCUAAAUCUUUCUCAUUUUUGAAUUCGAAGCGCCCAAAACACGUCACCGCAGCAGCUGCUGCUCCCAGAUUCUCUCGCAAAGACUUGGUUAAUAAUCCAUCGUCAAUGGCCGCCGCUGCUGCGCUGCGUGCUGCCUCUUUUAGUGAGAGUUCAAUCCCUGCGGAGUCUCAAAUACCUGCUAAAAAGAGAUCCAAAAGCGGAACUGCUUUAUCUGUUGCCUGGAUCAGGACAUUGAGAUCGGGGUUCCUUACGGAAGAUAUUGAGUCUCCUGAGGAUAUGUCUAUAUCCGAAUUAGACUCCAUGUUCGUUUGA